AUGACCACUUGCGCUCGCAUUACCGCUCUAAUAGUACUUCGUUCUAUAUUAGCAUUCCGAGCGCCAAGCUCUCCCGCGCAAAAUGGCAGUUUAGGCGUGCAGCGGCUAAUCCAGCAGCGGCAACAACCCGGCAGUGCAACGGUCAAGCACUGGCUUUUUUAGGCAAAAUGGCGUCUCUCAAAGCAACCACCUUCAGCUCUGCUGUUGUCUACCACAGCACGAUAUCGCCGUUUCCCGAGACAGCGUCAGAAGACACUCGUUUGUCCCGUUACGCCACACUGUUACUGUUGACUACAACCAGAAGAAGCAGCCAUGUCUCUGUUGGGCUCCCCACUGAUCUUGGAGGACGUUGGGGCCCUGUUGCUGGGCAACUCGUUUCUGACGGCUGACCCCAUGGGGCCCCUCCUGGACCACAACGAAGAGGAUGAUCUACCACUUGCUUUCUCCUUCUCUUCCUCCUUCUCAGAGGGGGGUGAGGCCACUUCGCCUCCCUUCUCUCUCUCCUCUCCCGCCUACACCACCUCCCUCUCUCCUUCAGAGUUCAGUUUGCCCUCUCCUUCCCGUCUGUCGUCCUCCGACUCCCUCCCUCCUUCCCCGACUCCCUCGUUCCAGGGGACCAGCAAGGCCGCCGAGGAGAUGGACCCCCUGCUUUUGCCGUUGACUCCGUGGCUGGGCGCUGGCGAGCUGCUCGACGCCGACAUGGGAGCAGAGUGCCGAGACGACGCAUUCUCUGGCAUGGACUGGAUGGCUGAGAAGAUCGACCUGAGUGACUUGGACUUGGACUCCCUGAUCGGGUCUUGUUCGUCUGACGACCCGCCCAGUUCUCCCGAGGAGCUCCUAGCCUCCCUGGAGAGCCAGAUGGACUUGGACCUGGUGGACACCUUCGCCAGCCCCGCACCUGCCCCGAACCAAAUGCUCUCCCUGGGUGUCCCUCUGGCCCUCCCCACCCUGGAACUCCCUGAAGUGGCGGAUGAAGUCAGAGUUCCGGCGGAUGAAGUCAGAGUUCCGGCGGUGACGUUGGAUCACCGGGUUGUCGUGAAGUCCGAGCCGCAGUCCCCCGCCCCCCUCUCUCCGGGGCCUCUGUCCCCGGCGUACGCCCUUGAGCUGGGCAGCGAGGUGGACGUCCUGGAGGUCAAGACCGCCGCGGACGUCGCCGUCGUCCCCGAGCCCCUCGUCAGCCUCCAGGCAGCCCCCAUUGUGCUCUCCCUCUCCUCCUCCGGCCACUUUGUGGUGGUCGUCACGCCCAAGGAUGAGCCGGCGAGCCUCUCCCUCCCUCUCCCCUCAGCAUCCAGCGGCUGUGAAGACGACCAGUCUGACGACAGCGACUCCGGCAUCGACUCCGUGUCCAGUUCUCCGCCCCGCCGCCCCUCCCCCUCUUCGACCCCUUCCCCCGUUGCCGGGUCCUCCAGGACCAAACCCUACUCCAAACCCGACCCGGGGUCCGCGGCCCUCGUGACCCUCAGCGCCAAGGUCAAGUCUGUGUCUGGCGCUCCCAAGGUAGUCGAGAAGAAGCUUAAGAAGAUGGAGCAAAACAAGACCGCUGCAACGCGCUACCGGCAGAAGAAGAAGAGCGAACAGGAUGUGCUGAACUCGGAGUGCUCCGAACUGGAGAAGCGGAACCGUGAGCUGGCAGAGAAGGCAGAGAGCAUCAGCAGAGAAAUCCAGUAUCUUAAAGAUCUGAUGGAGGAGGUGCGCUCUGCCAAGAACAGGAAGAAGAAGAAUAGUUAGGUUGGACAGAAAGACUAGAACCAAUCCGGCACUUUGUGAAAGAGUGGCUACGAAUAUGGGAGGAUCUUAUUUGCGCUCCCCUUGCGUCCUGUCAGAGGUCGCGUCAGGAGAGGACGCAAGUGGGCCGCAAUUGAGAUCACCCCGAGGGCAGAGACUGUUAUGUAGCCAGGGAAUGAUUAGAGGGUUGAUAGCACAGUUGAUGAGAUUACUGCUCUUGUUAUGGGUUCAAAGGUGACCCUGGACGACUUCGGUUCCUGGUGUCGUUACGCUGGUAUGGGUUCAGUCUGCAGGAUCGCCACGACGAUUACGCUCAUAUACUGCGACACACAUUUUGCCACGGCACGUGACGAAAGAUCCAGUAGCGUUUAUGGGAGUGUUUAGAUUUAGUCUGACCUUAGUUCCCGCGGCGAAGGACCACUGACUCGCCCUACCGAAAACAAAAGCUGCCAUCCAGUUUUAAAACCCUUACCAACACCCUCGGCAGCACCAAACCCCUACCCGCCACGCCCACUACCCUGUGUACCAUGCAUUUCCCCUGGUUGUUACCCGCCCCACUCAUAAUUCCACCUCUUUUUCACCCAAAUGUUAGACUUCCUCAAUGCAGCUUAAGUCCAGAAAGGGGCCUCGCCCUGUAUGAAAUCUUUUUUUUAUUUUAAAUUGUUACACUGAAUGCCAUCUUACUAUGUUCUUUUGUUUUGUAUAUAGCUUGACUCGCACCUGAACUCUACUCUGGCUUUGUGGUUUUAUUUAAUGCUGGAUAGUGGAGAACGACUUGUCCUCUGUUAGACUCAAGAUACUCUGGUGUUGCUACUAGCUACGUGUUUGGCUUGUAUAAAUGCUUUGCUAUUUUCUAUUAAAGCUCCUUUUAAAACUCUG